CGGUCGCAGACGAAACUUCGUAGGCUACAGCGUUAGUAUUGUUUGUUCUCUGUUCUGUGACUUGAGGUAGGAAACUGUUUAUGAUCUAUUGAGUAUUGAUAACGGAAUUUAAAAAAUCCGGUUUGUGAUUUACACCGUACGUAUUUCUAACACAGCAAUAUGUCUAACGAUGAUAACAAAGUCAAAGCAUCGAUUUUAGGGAGGGAUUUGGGUUCGAUACCUUGUUUCCGAAGUUCAUUUUUAAAUGGAAUUGGUGGCGGGUUUGCUACUGGACUGACAUAUUUUUUGUUUACCAGUAAGGUAAAGCAAGCCUGCAAUACAGCUGUUCUUUCAUUUGCUGGGAUCACUUUAUCAUACUGGGUUUACUGCAGAUAUUCCUGGUCACAGAACAAAUUCAAUGUGACCAUGCUUAAAACAGCCAUGAAAGAACAAGUUGCCAGAGAAGGAACUGACACUGAUCUUCAACUCAGCAGACCACAAGAUAAAAGUUGAUUCUGUAUCAUUAUUAGUAUUUGAUUUGAUGUAAUAAAAAUUGGAGAAACUUCUAAAA